AUGCCAGCCACAACCAUUUCGCCUCCUGCGGUGAUCAAAAGCCUUGUUAAAGAGCUGACUUCCAAUGGAUACUGCACCCCGAAAACACCUUAUCAGGCCUCGCAUUUCUUCAAGUCCGUGAAACAUGAAUGCACCAUCACGUGGGCUCUCUGCAAAAACAAUUUUCCAGGCUUCCUGGCCGGCUUUAUGGGAGGCCUUUUGCCAAGAUUGGUUGUUCAUCCGGUACCUUUGAUAACAGGAGGCUUAGUCUCACUACGUGUGAUAUUGAUAUGUCUCCUGACGGCGUACACAUUUGACAUUGCCAACACAACCUCAUCUGUGGAAGAAGACAAAUUGAAUAAACCCCACCGGCCAAUUCCGUCUGGCCUCCUCACUGUCAAGCAGGCCCGGGCCCGUUGGCUGCUAAGCUGGUUCCUUGCUCCUUCAAUUGCCUUGCUGUAUGGAAAGUGGCCGGCCUUCUUCGUGACUCUGAACCAAAUAUGGAUUUUCAGCUUCUAUGUGUGGCCCGCGUAUCGGCACUGGUUAACAAAAAGCAUUAUGGUCACUGGUAGCACCUUCAUCAUGUUACGUCUGCUAAAUUCUGUUGUUCUUGAUAUCGACCAAUGGGCCAUGAAUGCUGUGCCUGACAUGAUCGUCUGUGUCUGGACUAUGGCCACAAUUCAUCUUCAAGAUUUCCGGGAUAUUGAGGGAGAUUACACCACACACGCUGUCACAAUACCGAUAAUACUCUCGCCAGAGGGCCAGAUGAAGCUUCGAAAGAUGACAGCGCAUGUCUUGGUAUCAGCAGAUGUCGUCAGCAUUUUCUGGAUCUGGACACGAGCUCAACACGUCUCCGCAUUCAUUACGGGCCUCCUAUUCUACACGAGCUCAAUUAUCUUAGUCUACUAUACUUUGACAUCCUGCUCAAGGUAUCAGGACCGAAUCAUGUACAGGUGGUGGAUGGCUACGGGGUUCUGUAUGAUCAGUCAUGUGUUUGACCUAUGCCUUUUGCACGACGUGGUAUUGCAAUAG